UGAAAACGGCCUUCGCCUGGUCCAAAGGGCCUUCGGGUGCCGCCAUGGCUUUCUAUGAGGAGGUGCUUUUGCCUUAUGGUGAGACAAACCUGACCAUGAGGGUGCGGGAGUUGCCCAUGGCAGAUGGUGUUCAUGGAUCCACGGGCAAUCAGCACUGGCCUUCCGGCACUGUCUUGGCCCGGCUGCUGUUGGAGCAGCCCCACUUGGUCCAAGGCCGUUGCGUUGUGGAUUUGGGUGCUGGAUGCGGCUUGGCCGGCCUGGCAGCUGCAGCCAUCGGUGCAAAGCAGGUGGUGUUGACAGAUGGUGAUGAUGAGACGCUCCAAAACCUGGAGCACAAUGUGGCGAAUUCUGGCUCAGACCAGGUCCGGGUGAGGCUUUUGCGAUGGCAAGAUGCUGCAACUUGGGACCAUUCAGAGCAGGGUGAUUUGGUCAUCAGCUCUGACACAGUCUUUGGGCAUUUUGGAGGUGCGCUGGCAUCCUGUGCCUUGCAGGUGUUGAAGCCCAAGGGUUUGAUGAUCCUGGUGGCCCCUGAGGACCGCCGUGCAGGCGUGCCGGAGUUCUUGUCCUGCAUGCGUGAGGCGGGGUACAGUGAGAUGGCGCGGCGGGUGGAGGAAGCUGGAGAGGCAUUUUGGAUCUAUGAGUUGUGCAAGUCUGGACCACUUGAUCCAAGACAACCUCAGAAUCCUGCAGCUGAACAUGCUCAAGCAGGCACCCAAAGGAAUUGAGGAUGCCUCAUGGCCAGAGCCAGAGCUGCUAAACAAGAACUGCAAGAUGUGGCUGAAUACGGCGGAGGCGGGAGCCAUCCAAUGCUACAUCGAUCAUCUUGACCUUGACCCGGCCACCAGGCAUCCAUGCCCUCGCCGCCCUCGCUGUUGAGCCAUCCAGAUGCCUUGCACGUCGUUGAUAGAACGAAUGGGGCAUGAAAGUAGCCCCAGGCCUACCUCACUCAAAAUGCAGAAGAGCAAAGC